AUGAGAAAGAUGCGUAGCAGGCUGACCAAGGCACUGCCGCCCAAACCGGCUGAGCUUGAAACUGAGGGUUUGAACCUCCACAAGCCAACCAGGCUAACGACAGAAUCUCCUGCGCAACAUGAUUUUCGUUCGUCGCGUUCGAGCGAGCCAGAAGACAUGCGCAUCGAUACGUGCAUCAGAAAGGAUUCCACGGCGAGCACACUGUCAAGGCAGCCUCCUUCUGCAACUUUGCCCGCAGUACCACCAAGUAAUACCGUUGAUGAUGUGGCAAGACUGCGCAAGGAGAUUGACAUGGCAAACUGCUUGGCCCGUCGCAAUCAAGAAUUAGGGAACAAGUUCAGACAAGACUUGAUUGCUUGCCGCGCAGAACUUGCUGCUUUGCAGACAGACUUUAUUGCCAUGCGGGCCUUACUGCCAUCUAAUGUUGACCUAAGCGAUUCCGUCAAGAUGCUACGGACGCUCAAGCUGGACUUGAGUGGUUUUAAGCAAGAGUUGGAUUCAUUGCGUGGUCUUGCUUGGACCAAGUCUGUCUCGCCAGAAGCACUGGCCACUCCUGAUGAUGGCCAGAGUAGCAGUUCUCAAGCAACGGUUGCGCUGGGUAAGACCUCGCGAGAAUCUUCACCAGCAACGACCACCUCCUUGGAUGCAACUGACUAUGAGACUGCACAAUCUCGAACAUCGACGGCAGCGUCUACCAAGUCAGGUGGUGCUUUUCGGCAGGGAGAGAGCAGUCAGGGCCGCGGUCGGUCAGGGUGGUCGAACAACGAGUCCAAUGGCGACAAGCAUUCGAACCCUGCUCGCUUUGGACACAUCAUGUCUCACCAAAGCAUGUCCUCACAGGCGUCGACUGUGGCCUCUACCACCUCCAGCGGUUCUAAUUUUCGUUACGGAUCACUCACUGGAUUGGAGUCACCUGCUGCAUUCCAGCGUGGCGAGCACAAAUCUAUCCCUCCUUGCUACUCGACCAAGAGCAGGUCUGCAACCUCGAGCACAGGCAGAAAUGAUUUCAUUCGUGUCCUACCAACAGCUGUGACGGAGAGUGCUGUGGAUCUGACACUGGCUCCCUGGCCACCUAGACAUAUUGCAAGGCUCGUGGCGGAUAGCAUUAUGCUUGGGACACCGAUGCCGCCGGGUAGAGAGGUAGCAGUGCAACACAGUAAUGCUCAAGCAAAGCUGCGUGAACGCCGCCGUUCAAAGAGCUUCUCUGGCGUAACACAAUCAUCGCUGACUCGACUAGCGGAAUUCAAUGAUUCUGCUGCACAAUCAAUACCGGAAGUACCGCUUUUGACAGAGCCCUGUCUUCUUGGUCCAUCAGCAACGUCACCCUCUGUGGUCAGCUCUCGUGUGAAUACGGGCAAAGGCAGCCAGACGAGUGUGAUGCUGGAGCCCAAGAUUGUUACCAAAGGCUUUACCCCGGAGGCCAAUUAUUCCACGCCACCUCUCAAGCUCAACCCACCCAAAGUCCGUCGUCGAUCAACGACGCCCGUUCCAAAAUUCCGAGAGCCCAUAUCACCAGAUGCUAAUGUGUCCCCAGUCUCGCUCGCAAGUCUGGUGAGUGAAGAGGAAUCUCUCAAUGGUGUGAUCGACAAGGCUUGUAAAGAAAUGGAAGACCAAGCUGAUUAUACGACGGCGCAGGUUAUUAGUUCUGGCGCUGCGGUAGCCGAGCAGCCGGAUGACAAGGAAGUGCAACAGGCAUUCUCUAAUACGGCUGCUAAUGCACCGUCAUUCGAAGCACAGCUCCCAGAGCUGCCUUUUGAGAAGAAUAAUGCAGCAGGCAAGAGCAUGGAAGAGCUUCCUCCGCUCAACUUUACUUUCGGAUUCGAGCCGAUAUUUUGA